UCCAACUAAGCAGGGAAACAUACUCUCUACACCAUGUCUCGCUACCAUGAUUGCUGCUGCAGUGUCCCCACUGGACCCGCCACCACCAUCUGCUCUUCUGACAAGUGCUGCCGAUGCGGAGUCUGCCUCCCCAGCACCUGCCCACACACCACUUGGCUGCUGGAGCCCAUCUGCUGUGACACCUGCCCACCCCCCUGCCACAUCCCUCAGCCCUGUGUGCCCACAUGCUUCCUGCUCAAUUCUGCCCAGCCCAUCCCAAGCCUGGAGAAUCUGGACCUGACCACAUACACCCAGCCCUGCCCCUAUGAUCCCUGCAUCCCCCAGAGCUGCUGAGUGAUGACUAUCUUUGCCCAGAGCCUGACAACAUCUACAAGCUGUCUGUCCUGUAUUGAUCUGCUUCAGUAGCCCCAACGAGUUUCAACUGAUGUUGGGAUGCCAGAUGUGGCUAAGAACACUUUUACCAUCAACAAAAAGGAAAACAAGAUGCCUCCUUUGGCAACUUGGAGAAAUGUGAAUGAUAAGCUAUUGCACUGAUAGGUUGUACCCAAAUAUUGUUGGAAUUCCUGAGAUUUUAGAUCAUGUUUUCUUUGUCAAUUUGCUGCUUGGGUUGCCUUUCCUGUCCUGAAUGCUUUUGUCAAGGCUUCGGGUUUCUUUAUGAAUUUCCAAAUAAACUUGAUUU